AUGUCCUCGAUAUCCGGCAACCAAUCUCCUCGAUUCAUCCCACCCCAGUCUGCGCAACCGUACACCUCUCUAUUCGGAGGAGACAGCAGUCAAGAUGCACCAGACUUGGAAUCGUACCCCCUUACGCAGCAGGGGCAGGGUGCUGCUUUUGAUCCAAAUGAACUCGAUACCAUCAUGGAAGAUGGGUCCUUGAUCGAGGAAGACGAUUUUUCUGAUGAUGAUGCAACCUACCAUGACAGCGGAGAUGAUGGCUCGGACUUGGAUAGUCAGCUAGAUCUUCCAACUGCGGAAAGCAAACUCGACAGAAAAGGCGGUAUCCUGACUGCCGCUUUGCAGCAACCCCCGAGCAGUCCUCCAUCUUCACCAUCAUACCGUCCCAAUAGAUUCCGAGGCCCGGAGUCUACCUGGAGGAAGUUAACUGCCGAGGAUAGGCGGAAUGCGGAGGCCUUGCAAGACAUCCGGGCAAGAGAUCUUGCCGCUCACCUGUACAAUGCUUAUGCUCUUCGCGUACGGGCUCGUGAGAUAGCCAGGCGAGCAGCCGAAAACAAUGAAUUACCAGAUGCAACGGAAGCGUUUGCGCCGCCGAAACGAUGGGCGCUGUGGCCUCUGCCCGCGAAUGAGGUGCCUCGUGGAAGUGAACACUUUCGAAGAAUGGAGGAUGAAAUCUGGACAUGGAAAAUGCCACCAGACCUUCGACCAAGCGCGGAACUGGAAGAGUCCCUCGUGGCCGUGAUGACCAAAUCGGCAAAAGAAAGAUUCUAUUCGAGGCCCUGGCAGGAGAGGCGCCGACGCUCAAGGCAGAAAGACGACCCCAUGUCCCAAGGAGACACUCAGGAUGAGAGCAAGAGCAUGGAUUUGGAUGUGAAGGAUGACCCAGAGCCUUUAGAUAAGCCUCUACUGCGCCCAGUGGUUCAGGCUGAUGAUGAUAAAUCACGACAGCAGCUACGUCCUCUUACGCGGAAUGUCAUCAGUCAGCUUGACCACAUCCUUCACAGUCUACACCAUGCGCGCAAAGGGGCUCUGGGCGCCGAUGAUAGCUCGGCCAGUGAAUGGCAAACAGAUGCAGAGAGCCUCGUUUCCGGCACUUCCUCGCCCCGGAAAAGGAGAUCAAAUGGACCGACUGAUCGAAGCUUGUCAAGAGGCAGAAAACGCACGCGCAGGUCGUCUCAAGUAUCAGAAACGAAAAUCAAUCGAUCGCGGAGCACAUAUCAGUCCACAGAACGGUCUGCAUCAACGGGGGCUUUACAUUCAAGAGGGCGAUCAGCAGGUAAUAAAACCCCACGAUCUGCCAGCCGCAUGCGUGUUGGGGUACGAGAUUGGAGCCAAGUUCUAGGCGUCGCCUCGAUGAUAGGGGUUUCUCCGGCCGUGGUAAUGCGCACGGCACAAAGAUGCGCCGGGUUAUUUGGCGAGGACAUGGCAUUCCAAACACUCAAGGAGGGAAGGUUGCAGCAAACCCAAGAAGACAACACUGCGUCUUGGGUAUACGCAGAAAGCGAGAGCGAGCCCCCUCUACCGUCCCCUCCCCCCAAGGCCAAACGAGAACGAUCCCGCCCAACCUCUCGUGCACCAUCGGUCAAGGAUGCCCCUAAAUCGCAAGCUACCUCCAGGGCCACGUCUCGAGCUACCUCGCGAGCAACAAGCCCUGCCCACGACAAUGGCGAAGUCACGGCUGAACCAAAGGGCAAGGGACCGCAUCGCAAGAGCGAUAUAAUAUGCCCGUUCAAGACCUGUGAACGACACACAAAAGGGUUUUCACGAACGUGGAAUCUCAACCUUCACUUGAAGCGUAUUCAUCCGGGGUAUCGUCCAAGAAGCACCGAUACCAAAAAGUCCGCCUCGGUGCGCACCGAAGGGGAAGAUGCGGAAUGA